AUGACCUGGAAAGAUGGAGAGGAACAAACAGGGGAUGAAUUGGCUGUCCAACUCCGGCAAUACAAAGAAAGUCACUCUUCCUCCAUACGGGCCUAUGUCUCAGCUGUGGAGAAACUGUCCCGGAAGGUCCAGCAACUCAAAGAGGAUAGGUCCUCCUCCCCACCUGACUAUGCUGAGAAGGAGAAAGCUGCAGCCAAGGCUCUGGAGGAUGUGAAGGCUAACUUCUACUGUGAACUAUGUGACAAGCAGUACCACAAACACCAGGAAUUUGACAACCACAUCAAUUCUUACGACCAUGCUCACAAGCAGAGAUUGAAAGAUCUAAAACAAAGGGAAUUUGCUCGAAAUGUGGCUUCAAAGUCAUGGAAAGAUGAGAAGAAACAGGAAAAAGCACUCAAGCGCCUCCACCAGCUCGCAGAGUUACGGAAGCAGUCAGAAUGCAUCACUGGGAGUGGACCAUUGCUUAAAGCCCCCAGAUUAGUCAUGGAAAAGCAGCAAUCGCCAAAUAGCAUUUUCCUAUACAAGGGCGGCAAGUUCACAGCCAGUUCUCAAAGAGCUGCCAUGAGAGAAGGACAACAUUUCUCCAGCAGCAUACUAGAGAAACAGCAGCUCAUCAUAAGCAGGCACCAGCCCCCCAGUGAAAGACCCCAUGCACUUGGAAAUCACGUCUCACAAGUGUUCCCAGAUAGCACCAAUGCUUCUCAAAGGGCGGGAGUGUCUUUCUCGUUCUCUAAAAAAGUCCCCUUGAAGCUCGAGUCCUCUGCAUCAGUCUUCAGUGAGAACUCUGAAGAAGGAAAUGAUUGUAGUGAAUCCCCCAACCAUAAAACAAAGCAAGCUCUUGAGGGCUGUCGUUCUGGCACAUUUUUGGAAGAGGAUGUGAAAGCAAGCUUGGAUAAAGGGCCACCUAUUACACGAGACCAAAUGGGUUUGGAUAACAGUGCAUCAAGUCAUGUAGCCGCAAAACCUAAAAUGCUAAAGGAAAAGGAUAAAAGCAGUGAUAGAGAAUUAGAAGAAAAGGUCAGUGCUCAUCCUUCAUUUUGCAAAGUCAAAAUGCAGCUUUCAAAUUUGGAUUUUUCUGGUUCACUUAGAGAAACAGAGCAAGAGAGCAAAUUGAAUGAUUUUGAGCAAUUGUUGGAAACUCUCAUUUCACCUUCAUACCAAGCUAGCAAUUUUUGUACACAGCCGAACACCUAUAAGCACAGCAAUGCCCACCUGCCUGACCAGUUACCUGAGCUCCCACAACAGCCAGAACCUCAGCUGGCAUGCGCAAGCAACAUUACUGAUGGUCCUGGGGUGGUAAAAAGAGAAAGAUCUUUGGAGAGUUCAGAAACCACAAAUGAGAAUAUGGAAACACUUCCAAGGGAGACCGUGGUUAAAGAGGUUAAGCCCCAGGCAUUGCCUUUCCUCCAUGUAGUGAGCAAAGAUGGCACCACUGCUCUGCAGUGGCCCACAGAAUUACUUUUGUUUACAAAAACUGAGCCCUGUAUUUCAUAUGGCUGUAAUCCAUUGUAUUUUGACUUCAGACUCUCUUUAAAUCACAGAGAUGGUAAACAGCAUGAAACAAACAAAGAAAGCUGUAAAGAGCACUCUAUAAAUAAGACUGCAGAUGAAAAUGAAGCCUCAGGUUUAAUAAAACACAAGCAAAUGUCAAAUGAACAAGAUAAUCAGUUGUUGAAACCAAAGAAGAUGAAAGGUUCCCUAAAUCCAAGAAAGGCCAAGCAGAAAGCUGAGUCAGACAUAGGGAAAGAAAUGAAUGAAAAUGGUCAAAAAUACUUUGCAGAGUAUUUGAAUGAAAAUAUACCCAAAGUGCCUGCUUACCUUGAUGUCUCACAAAAGGGUUAUGUGACAGAAAAAAGUCUUCAUACAACAACACUGAGAAGAUCUUUACAGCAUCAUUUUCAUAGCUAUUCAAGAAGCAGCGAAAGAUCAUCUAGUAGCAGAAUAUCAAGAGGUAGUAGUUCAGGAUCCUUCUCAAAAGACACUGACAACUGUGACAACAAAACAAAAAAGGACACAGAAAGAGGUUCUAACACCAAACUGGGAAAAGCUGAAACUGCACAUUACGACUCUCCGAAUGUGAAUGGUCAGUCAAAAAACUUUGCCACCUGCUCUUCUGAAACCCUGGCAAAAGACAUAUAUGGAAAAAGAAAGUCACUAACGGCCAAGUUACUUUUAGAAAGAGUGCAGUCCAAGAAAACCCAGGAACAAACACAUGAUUCAGAGAGAUUUUCAAACACUUGUGGGGUAGAAUUAAAGGAUCACUCACAAAGUCACUUUGCUUUUCAGUUUUCAUCAUCGGUAGAUGACAUUGCAAUGUUACCUUUGCCAGAGAAACUGCUAAGCAUAAGUAAAAAUGACACAGGGCAUAAUGAAAUCAGUUCGUUGGAAACCAGUGUGAAGAAAAACAACUUUGAAGCGUCAGACAUAACCAAUGUUGCUCUUUCAACAGGCACUGAUUAUGAUCAUUGUCUUUUUAAAGACAUCAUUCAAAUAGGAACAGGCUAUCAGAGCCCGAGUGUAAAAAGGAACACAGCAAUAAAGGAACAAUCCGAUCUCUUCAUUAGUGAAGUGCAACCCUUUAUACAAAGCUGUGAUCCAGUACCAAAUGAUUUCCCUGGUGCUUUUCCCUCUAAUAGAUAUUCUGUUGUUGCUAAUUCAACAGAGACCAAAGAAGAACUACAUGAUGUAAACAUGGACUCGAACCGGGCAGAAAGCAGUUCAGACUCUCUUUGUGACAAUGCUAUGCAGAAGUAUGAUAACACAGUAAAUGACCCAGAAGUGUACAGUAAAUCCACCUCCCCUGCUUUAACGCAGCAGCCUAUCACAUUUUCACCAGAGGAAGUAGACAAAUACAGGUUGCUGCAGCUGCAAGCCCAGCAGCAUAUGCAGAAACAACUUCGGGCAAAACACCUGAAAGUUUUGCCUGCCCCAGGACCAGCUGCCUUCUCUGCAACACCAGCAGUUCCUGCCCUCCCUGUUCAGCAGCAUGCUACUGUCACCACCAUCCACCACACGCUGCUGCAACGCUUUGCUGUGUCGGCAUCUGUACAUCCCCAUGGCAGCCAUCUCUCCCUGGCACACCUCCACCCUCUCUCUCAGGCACAUUUUGCUCCCAUAUCACUUUCCCCACUAGCGCCAGCCCUCAUUCCCACCCACCCUGCUCUGCUGACAGGACACCCAUUGCACUUGGUCUCCACCACCCCUCUCCACCCUUCCCCACUGACCUUCCCCACACUACCACACACUGCAUAUAUCCCAGCUUUAUUUACACCACACCUGAAUGCAGCCACGCCUUCUGUUAUACAUCCAAAUCCCUUAGUUCAUCCAUUAUUCCAAGGACAAGAGCCCCAUCACCAUUCUUGCUCUAGCCAGACCCAACAGUUACCGACAAUAAAAGAAGUUUUCAGUGUUUCUAGCUAUUUAAACUAG